UCAUCACCUUUGACUUAAAGAUCCAAGGGAGAGCAUGAAGUUCCCACGAUCUCGAGUUGCACGCCAGGCCAUCGGGCAAUGCGGCGGACAAGGACCGCGCAACUCACGGAAGUCGUCUGCAUGAGCUCGAUAUGGCGUCAUCGUCUUCAGCUCACUACGGCUUCCCCGAGUGGGAGGGCCGGCAGCGCGACAGCGGCAGCAGCAAGCGACAUCGUAGAGAGGCGAAACGGAAGCUCCAUCCCAGCCUGCUUGAGAGAACUGCUUGGCGACUAGCCGAAAUCUUGACGGCGUGCAGCUUCCUGCUCGAAGCGUUUCUGACAUGGUGCUGCAGUCUCUACUUUUGGCUAUGCUACGAUGUCCUGCGUCUUGACGAGGCCUUAGGGUCUGCGAGAUCGACUUUCGGGGCGCAUUCUCGCGCGUCUCCCUCGCGACAUGCUACACCUAGUGGUGCAUCUCAAGGGGCCUGGUGCGACGCAAGCAAAGGUUCGGCCAUCGUACUGUACGGUGCACCAAGCUCGCAACUCUUAGCACAAAGCCUGGCGAUAUCGCUCGCAUCCUGCCGGACAUGCGUGUCCGGCUCUCGCUUUCCUUCCCCGCGCAAAGCGACCGCGUCUUCAGCUUCGCUACCGACCCACGCCAGCCUUCUAAAUCGCUUGUACGACAAGCUUCUUUGCCUGUUCUCGACAGACGUUUCGUACUUUGGCGCCCGCAAUCACCGUAGCGGGCGAGAGCCAUUCACUGUCAUUACACUAGUACCCGGCCCCGACGACCUGAGCCCUCUGAUCCAUGCAUGGGCUUCCAAGAAGGCCAAGCUUGAGCAUCCUCGAGCAUCCCAAACGCACGAGGAAGACACAACACCCAGAACGCCUCGUUCUCCCGAAGAAGCACGCAGCCGCCCUUCCUCCCCGCCUUCAAGCAGCACCCCGGGCCGACGCUCGCGGUCGCGAACCCUGAGCUGGGGCCAAUGGUCCGCCGCAUCUGGCAUCGUCGGCUUCCGCGAUCUGUGGAAAGGACUUCGAGUAGGCGAGGAUUCUCGACGCAGCGAAUUUGGCGCAGUCAUACCGGUCGUGUGCGACGUUUCAACUCCCGAAGGGCUCGCGCAUGCCAAGAGCACCGCCAUGUCGUACUGCAACUCGCACAAUCUCCUUCUUCGUGGUCUCAUACUCGUUCCCGCAGGCUUGGCGCCCAUGGUGCACGACGCGAUCGACUCUCCCCGGGACUCGGAGGCCGCAAUGCUGUUCAAUGAGUUGUCACCUAUGCUCCGACACGACCGAGGCAGGGUUGUCCGCCUGGCUACGUCGAGAAGUGAUUCUCUCUGGGUUCUGAAUACAGAGGAAGACUUGCAUGCGGCGACGGUCCAGUUGCGCCCAAUGUUCAUGCGACCACGACUGACCGAAGCAGUUUGGAACGCUCUCGACAGCGCGCUGCGUCUUCGGCUUGUGGACACACUUUCUUGCAGUCUUCGGCUCGGUGCUUUGACCCUUCAGACUCUGUUAUAUCCACCUACAUUUGAGGAACUGGACGCCAGGCGGUUGGACGGCCCGCAGGAUGUGAAUGCGCUGCUCUUGUAUUCCGUGCGCUCUGCCAUUUCAAGAACGUACCCACGUUCAAAGUACUGCGUCGGACUUGGUCCGCGUUUGUACGACCUGAAGGAGUCACUGCUAUUUUAGAUCCAUUUUAUAGAUUGAUAGUAGGACAAGACGGUUAAACAUACAGAACGCUUGUCGAAAGCAAUAAUACAGUCUUGCGAUAGGAAGAGG